AUGGGGAAAACGUCAAAGGAUAAACGUGACAUCUACUAUCGAUUGGCGAAAGCGGAAGGGUGGAGAGCACGAUCGGCGUUCAAAUUGAUGCAAAUCGAUGACGAGUUUAAGAUUUUAUCAGGAGUAACAAAAGCCGUCGAUUUGUGUGCAGCGCCGGGAAGUUGGAGUCAAGUUUUGUCUCGUCGUUUGUUUGAGAAUGAUCAAAAUGCGCGAAUUGUGGCCGUCGAUUUACAGCCAAUGUCGCCUCUACCCGGCGUCAUUCAACUACAAGGCGACAUUACCCAGCUUGAAACAGCCGAGAAAAUAAUCUCUCAUUUUGACGGAGAAAAUGCCGAUCUCGUAAUUUGCGAUGGAGCUCCAGAUGUUACUGGUUUGCACUCGCUUGAUGAAUAUAUGCAAAGUCAGCUAGUUCUUGCGGCACUGAAUAUCACAACACAUGUGCUAAAACGAGAGGGCAAUUUUGUUGCAAAGAUUUUCCGAGCACGAAACAUCACCCUACUCUACGCCCAAUUGAAGAUGUUCUUCCGUGAUGUUUUCUGUGCCAAACCGAAAAGCAGUCGUCAAAGCAGUUGUGAAGCAUUUGUCGUAUGCUUGGGCUACAAUCCACCAACCGAUUAUGUGCCAUCAAUGUGGAAUCCUCUUCGUUUACCGACUUAUGAGGAUCUUGAGAAAUCAACGCCCAUAAAUCAACGAAUAGUGCCUUUUGUCGCGUGUGGCGAUUUGCAUGGAUGGGAUUCAGACAGGUGUUACCCACUCGACAUCGAUGAUCUACUUGGACCUUUGCCAGAAAAAUACAUCUAUCGUGAGCCUGUUCAACCGCCCACCGAGCCUGCCUAUAAACACGCGGUUGAGCUACGACGAAAGGGAGCUCUCGCGAAAGCGACAAAUUAUUUGGCACAAACGAUAAAGCAUCACGUUCCAAAGAUUCAGUCUGAAACGGGGAUUGACGACGAGGUGAUCGAGGGUUUUGAGAAUUUCUUCAUCAGCGAU